CUCUUUUCUCGUUUCUCCGAUAGCCUGUUCAUCUCCCUACCUUCUCCCUAUCCAUCCCCCACCUCUUUAAGGCUUUAACCCUUCUCACGCUACACACACUCUCACUCUCUCCCCCAGUGGCUGCAUUGGCAUGUACACCGUCCCUUCCCCUCCUCUCAGCCGAGGUCCACCGGCUUGCCCCAUCCUCGGGAUUCUCCCUGUACCGCUGGAAGGGCAAUCCCCGCCGCGGCCGUGAUGGAGGGCGUCCCGGUGCUCGGCUCCCGGUGAUGGCUCCGGCUCCGGCUCCCGAGCCCAGGCACCUGUGUCCCCGCACACGCCGCCUGUCUGGGCGCAGAUUCAGACGUGUAGCGAGGACCCAAGUUCCUGCUUCGAGGUUGACUGCAGCCUGUUACUGAGCGGCGGGAGGGGGGAAGGAUUGCGUCAGAGGCAAAUUCGAGAAGUCACCGGAGUGGCAUCUUGUGGAAGGCGGCGAAAGCCGGCAUGGAUAAAUGAGAGGGCGGCAAGCGGGGGAGACAGCGUUCUCGCACUUCAUCCCCGGUGGUUUCGAGGACUUUGCAAGGAUGAGUCGCAGAGACAGCAAGAGAAAGACUCGACAUGAGUACCAGAGCACGCUGGGCACCAAGGUGUCUCAGCGGCAGUGCCGGCGGCGAAUGACCUGCCCGAGCCCGGCAGAGAUCAGCAAGGCCAAAGCCAUCAUGUCUAUCUCCCCACUCACCAAGGCCCUCAGCCUGGAUGAACUGCUGAAGAAAUGCAUACAAUCUUUUGAUGUGGACGGGAAUCUGCGGUGCGGCAGCGAGACUGUGAACGUGACACUGAUGAUGCACAUCUGGAUCAUCCCGUCGUCGGAAUUCGCCCACAGGCUCCUGGUGCUUUAUCGAGACGCUCCAGGGGAGAAGCAGGUCCAGUUCCGGGUGAAGAUCUGCCACUUUGUCAGGUACUGGAUUACCCACUACCCUGUGGUUUUCAACGUGGACUCCAAACUGGAGGAUGUGAUGGCACAGUUCUUGGAGCUGGUGAGAAGAGAAGGCGAGGAAUCCCACUGCCAGCUCAUCGACACCUCCAACAUUCACAUGCAGGACUGGACGCGCAAGUACACGCUACACAGCACCCCGAACAACAACAAGAAGCGGAAAGUCUCGCUGCUCUUCGAUCACCUGGAGCCAACGGAACUUGCAGAGCACCUGAGCUACCUGGAGUUUAAAUGCUUCUGCCGGCUGUCGUACCUGGACUACAGGAGCUACACGGUCUGCGGUUGCGUGCGAGAGAACCCAGCGUUGGAGCGGGCUGUGUCCCUGGUGAACGGCAUCUCCCAGUGGGUCCAGCUGAUGAUCCUCAACAGGCCCACUCCGGCCCAGCGAGCAGAGGUCUUCACCAAGUUCAUUCAUGUUGCUCAGAAACUCCGGCUACUCCAGAACUUCAACACACUAAUGGCAGUGAUUGGAGGGCUGUGUCACAGUGCCAUCUCGCGACUCAAGGAAACCAGUUCCUACCUCUCCCAGGACGUCACCAAGGCAUUGAAUGAAAUGACGGAGCUGCUGUCCUCGUGCAGUAACUACGGCAACUACCGUCGUGUCUUCAGCGAGUGCACCGGCUUUAAGAUCCCCAUCCUGGGGGUCCACCUGAAGGAUCUGGUCUCGCUGAACGAGGCGCUGCCAGACUUCAUCGAGGACAAGAAGAUAAACCUGAGCAAACUGCAGCAACUGUACAGCCGUAUCACCGAUCUGACGCAGAUCCAGAACUGCACGCCCCCAUUCGAAGCCAACAAGGACCUCGUACAUCUCCUUACACUCUCUCUUGACCUGUACUACACCGAGGAUGAAAUCUAUGAGCUGUCUUACACAAAGGAGCCCAGGACUCAUCGAACAGUGACGGUGCCCCCUUGCAAACCCCCCGUGGUUGUUGACUGGGCGUCGGGGGUGGCCCCGAAGCUCGACGCCCUGACCAUCAGCAAACACGUCCGGCAGCUGGUCGACUCCGUGUUUAAAAACUAUGACCAUGACCAGGACGGCUACAUCUCCCAGGAAGAGUUUGAGAAAAUCGCUGCUAGCUUCCCAUUUUCGGUCUUCAUCUUCGAUAAAGAUCGCAAGGAGUUGAUUAGUCGGGAAGAGAUCACGGCCUAUUUCCUGAGAGGCAGCUCCAUCUGCUCCAAGCUGUCUCUCGGCUUCCUCCACAACUUCCAGGAGAACACGUACAAGAAGCCGACUUUUUGUGACAAUUGCACGGGAUUUCUCUGGGGUGUGAUCAAGCAAGGAUACAGGUGUCAAGACUGCGGGAUUAACUGUCACAAGCAGUGCCGGGACACGGUGAUGCUGGAGUGCAGGAAACGGAGCAAGUCCGACCACACGUUGCAGGGUCCCACCACCCCCUCCGUCUCAACAGCCACCCUACCGAGGGGACAGAACACCGGUGGUGAUGCCGACAUAUUCAUGUACCCCAACAUGGACAGCGCCGAGCACAGCCACAAUGGAAAGGACCACGCCAUCGUGGUGCUGAGCCACCUGGACCAGAUGAUGCCGGUUCAGAGGAAGCCGGCCGUGGCGGACAGCUCCACCCAGACCGAGGCGCCCUGCCCGGGGGCGGACUCGGCGGCCGGGGCGCCCGCGCUCUCGGGGUCCGCCUCAGGCGCCUCCACGCGGCGGCGGCUCGUCGACGACAAGGAUCUGGAACUCCACCGGCAGGCGCAGAGGCUCCACGAAGCGGAGGAGCGGCGAGACCAGCUAGAGACGGAGAACGAGACCCUGCGCAAGCUGAAGGACACGCUGGCCGAGGAGAACGCCAGGCUGGUCUGCCAGCUCAACGCUCUCCAGCAGCAGCUCGACGACCUGAAGGGGAGGCGGGAGCCCCUCGGCCAGCCCACCGUCACGCUGAUACUGGAACAGAUGGACAACAUGCAUGUGCAGCGUGACUCCAAGAUCUGAGCCACGGCAACGCGGAGUAGACGGGACAGUGUGCGCACUCCAACACCGCGGCACGUUUUGCCCUGAUUUCCUCUGUUGCUUAAGGAGACCCGCCCCCCGCCCCCACCCCGGGUGCAGGAAUCGAUCCGGAAGACUGUAAUCUCCGGGCUCCCCUCGUUCAGACGUUGUUUUCCUGCUCAGUCGGCCGGGGUGGGGGCCCAGCGAACGAUCGGGUCCGGACUCACAGCGGCCCCGCGACGGCGUGGGCCUCUGCCGCGUCACGCACCGGGUGGAAAGUGGCCUCCUUGCCCUGAAUGAAGGCUCUCCCCCGGAGUGAGGUUGAGAGGAUUGCCGGGACCGAGUUGCAGAUGAAGACUGGGAAAGGAGCAGGAGACGAGGUUCUGACCUCACUCCGCACCCGCAAGGGGUGACAUGCUAGUGAAACGUGGGACAGGCAGAUAGGUGCCGUGGUUAAUGCUGUAUAACCCCAUGACUCCUGCAAUCACAAGGGACCUGCCACGGCCCAACAUUACUGUGUUCCAACCCCUCCCCUCUUCGCCAACAGCUUGAGGACAUGGUCUUCUCCCAGUGACUACUCUGAUCCUGGGGUCGGGGGUCGAUCCAGGCAGAGCCCAGACCUCCUCCGCCAACGUCCAUACCCGGGCGGGGGGCUGCGAGCAUUUUGCCCCCACCCCCCAACAACACAGAACCGCGCCGUCUCUGCUCGGCAGAAAAGCGUCUCCCUCCGGUCAGAAACAGCCUCAGCGCAGGGCGAUUAUUUAUCUUACUAAGUCGGUGCUCGGGCGCCCCGAUCGCGGAAAAAAAAAGGUAUCGCCGGGUAGCAAACGGGUUGCUGUGUGACAGGCCACACGUUGUCCUCGUUUCUUCUGCCAAGCACUGUGUUCACCGCGUUCUAAAGUUUUCGUUCAGUGCUUCGGUCGUAUGUGUGAUUGUGCGUGUAUGUAUGUAAGUACACCGGGCUGGAUCCUGCUGGGCGUUGUAAAUACUUUGCGAAAUA